UGCUGACGUCACUUCCGGCUCAGGAACUACUUCCUGGUCAUGCCUAAGCCAAGGCGGGAGCCGGCUGGGACCAGGAAGUACGGCCGGGGCCGGGGGUGAACGCUUUGUGAGUGUGUGACCCAGCCCUGGAAACAUGAGUGAAUUCCGGAUUCACCAUGACGUGAAUGAACUGCUGAGUUUGUUGCGUGUGCAUGGAGGGGAUGGUGCUGAGGUCUACAUUGACUUGCUGCAGAAGAAUCGGACUCCCUAUGUCACGACGACCGUCUCUGCGCACAGUGCCAAAGUUAAAAUAGCAGAAUUUUCCCGUACUCCCGAAGAUUUUCUGAAGAAAUAUGAUGAGCUGAAAUCAAAGAAUACCCGAAAUCUUGACCCUCUGGUCUACCUCUUGGCAAAGCUUACAGAAGAUAGAGAGACUCUUCAGUAUCUACAGCAGAAUGCCAAAGACAGGGCCGAGCUGGCCGCUGGCACGGCUGUGAGCUGCAGCACCAACUUUAGCAUCCCUUCAACGGCGUCCAAGAUUUCCAUGCAGGAACUGGAGGAGCUCCGGAAGCAGCUAGGCAGUGUUGCCACUGGCCCCAACUUACAGCAGUCACAGGAACUCACAAGAAAGAUGCUCCGGGACAAGCAGAGCAAGAGAAAUUCAGGCCACCAUCUGCCGGCAUUCCCUGCGUGGGUGUAUGAGAGACCCACCCUGAUCGGGGAUUUCUUGCUUGGCUCUGGUCUCAGCUCGGACUCUGCUCUGCCUGUUGGGAGCUUGCCCUUGGCCUCUCAAGAAUCUGCAGUCGUGGAAGACCUGCUGUACGUUCUGGUUGGAGUGGACGGGCGCUACAUCACGGCUCAGGCCCUCAUCAGCAGGCAGAGCCGCACGUUCCUCGUGGACCCUAAUCUGGACAUGUCCGUCAAGGAGCUGGUGAACAGGAUUCUCCCAGUGGCUGCAAGUUACUCAGCCGUGACCAGGUUCAUAGAGGAGAAAUCUUCCUUUGAGUAUGGCCAGGUCAAUCAUGCAUUGGCAGCUGCCAUGAGGACUCUGGUCAAGGAGUACAUGAUCCUGGUCACUCAGCUGGAGCACCUGCAAAGGCAAGGCCUCCUCUCCUUACAGAAACUGUGGUUCUACAUUCAGCCUACCAUGCGCACCAUGGAGAUCCUGUCCUCCCUUGCCACAUCUGUGGAUAAAGGCGAGUGUUUGGGGGGCGCAACCUUGAGCCUUCUCCACGACAGAAGCUUCAACUACACCGGCGACAGCCAGGCCCAGGAGCUCUGUCUGUAUCUAACCAAGGCCGCCAGCGUCCCCUACUUUGAGAUCCUGGAAAAGUGGAUCUACCGCGGGAUUAUCAACGACCCCUACAGUGAAUUCAUGGUGGAAGAGCAUGAGCUUCAGAAGGAGAAAAUCCAGGAGGAUUACAAUGACAAGUACUGGGACCAGCGGUAUACCGUUGUCCAGCCACAGAUCCCUUCUUUCCUCCAGAAAAUGGCAGACAAGAUCCUGAGCACAGGCAAGUAUCUGAACGUGGUCCGAGAGUGCGGCCACGACGUGACCUGCCCCGUGGCCAAGGAGAUCGUCUACACACUGAAAGAGCGCGCCUACGUGGAGCAGAUCGAAAAGGCCUUCAACUAUGCGAGCAAAGUGCUGCUGGACUUUCUGAUGGAAGAGAAGGAGCUCGUGGCCCAUUUAAGGUCCAUCAAGCACUACUUCCUCAUGGACCAGGGCGACUUCUUCGUGCACUUCAUGGACCUCACGGAAGAAGAGUUGAAGAAGCCUGUGGACGACAUCAUCCCCACCCGGCUCGAAGCCCUGCUUGAGCUGGCCCUCAGGAUGAGCACAGCCAACACAGACCCCUUUAAGGACGACCUGAAGAUUGACCUGAUGCCUCAUGACCUCAUCACGCAGCUUUUGCGAGUUCUUGCCAUAGAAACCAAACAGGAAAAAUCCAUCAUUAACGCUGACCCGACGGAGCUCACGCUGAGUGGCCUCGAAGCCUUUUCUUUUGACUACAUCGUCAAGUGGCCGCUCUCGCUGAUUAUCAACAGGAAGGCGCUCACCCGCUACCAGAUGCUGUUCCGACACAUGUUCUAUUGCAAGCACGUGGAGAGGCAGCUCUGCAACGUCUGGGUCAGCAACAAGACCGCCAAGCAGUUCUCCUUACCCUGUGCCAAGUGGUUUGCAGGGGCUUUCACUCUGAGACAGCGUAUGUUGAACUUUGUCCAAAACAUACAAUAUUACAUGAUGUUCGAGGUGAUGGAACCAACCUGGCACAUUCUGGAGAAGAAUCUGAAAUCGGCGUCCAACAUUGACGACGUCCUCAGCCACCACACGAGUUUCUUGGACAACUGCCUGAAGGAUUGUAUGCUCACGAACCCGGAGCUGCUGAAGAUCUUCUCGAAGCUGAUGUCCGUGUGCGUCAUGUUCACAAACUGCAUGCAGAGAUUCACCCAGAGCAUGGAGCUGGGCCCCCCCACAGAGGCCGAGCCUGCGGAGGAGGUCUUCAAGAGGAAGCCUGCCGCGAAGUAUCUGGCAGAGCACGUGGACGCUCUUCAGCUGACGUCCGGCUUCGAGGCCACCAUCAACAAGUUUGACAAGAAUUUCUCCACCCAUCUCCUUGACCUCUUGGAUAAACUGAGUGUGUUCAGCACCAACGACUGUGAGCACAGCAUGGUCAGCGUCAUCUCCAGGCUGGACUUCAAUGGUUUCUACACUGAGCGGCUGGAACGCUUGUCAGCUGAGAGAAGCCAGAAGGCAGCAGCCCCAGUGCCCAUGGCCAGGGCGGCUCUGCCGGUGCAGUGAAGAGCCCAGUGCCCCCUGGGGAGGGCUCCUCACCAAUGCAAGGUGGCGGGAGAUUGGGGUGGGAUAUGUAUUUAUAUUAGAGACAUUAAAAAAGUGAGUGUCAAUGUC